CAAAUUUAUAAAAAAAACAUUAAAAUACAAUGAUUAACCUUAAUCACAAAUUUAUUAAAAAUAAAUAAAUAAACAAACACCCUUUGGUUCAAACUGAUAACAUUUUCAGUAUAAAACCACCCAACCCCUUAUCUUCUGUCCUCACAAAACAACCACCACUCACUCACAACCUAAACUUAGAGAGAGAGUUUUUUUCUAGAGAGAGAGAGAGAGAGCAAUGGAGGGUAAGGAAGAAGAUGUGAAGCUUGGAGCCAACAAGUAUUCAGAAAGGCAGCCCAUUGGGACAUCAGCCCAAACAGAUAAGGACUACAAGGAGCCACCACCAGCUCCUCUGUUUGAGCCAGGGGAGUUGAGCUCAUGGUCCUUUUACAGGGCUGGGAUUGCUGAGUUCAUUGCAACUUUCUUGUUUCUUUAUAUCUCUGUGUUGACUGUUAUGGGUGUGGUCAAAUCUCCCACUAAGUGUGGGACUGUUGGUAUUCAAGGGAUUGCUUGGGCUUUUGGUGGCAUGAUCUUUGCUCUUGUCUACUGUACUGCUGGUAUCUCAGGAGGACACAUUAACCCAGCUGUGACAUUCGGUUUGCUAUUGGCAAGAAAACUAUCUUUGACCAGGGCAGUGUUCUACAUGGUGAUGCAGUGCCUUGGAGCCAUCUGUGGUGCAGGUGUGGUCAAGGGGUUCAUGGGCAAGCAUGAGUACACCACUUUGGGUGGUGGAGCCAACUCUGUAGCCCAUGGUUACACCAAGGGUUCAGGUCUUGGUGCUGAGAUUGUUGGCACUUUCGUGCUCGUUUACACCGUCUUUUCCGCCACCGAUGCCAAGAGAAGUGCAAGAGACUCCCAUGUCCCUAUUUUGGCUCCUCUCCCAAUCGGGUUCGCGGUUUUCUUGGUCCAUUUGGCCACCAUCCCCAUCACCGGAACCGGUAUUAACCCUGCAAGAAGUCUUGGAGCUGCAAUCAUCUACAACAAGGACCAUGCUUGGGAUGACCAUUGGAUCUUCUGGGUUGGUCCAUUCAUUGGAGCUGCACUUGCUGCUAUCUACCAUGUGAUUGUGAUCAGAGCCAUUCCCUUCAAGAGCAGAUCUUAAAUUCUUUUUGUUUCUUUAAUUGUUUUGUCUUUGUGGAUUAUGUCUUGUUGUUCUUUGUUCAAUUGUGGCUUUUUGUGUUUUGUUAUUGUGGGUUGGUUGUUAAUAAAUGUUGUGUAAAUUAUAACCCCCCCAAAUGGGUUUCAUUUCUUUCUUCCUUGUAACAUCUUUAAGACCAUGGAAGGAGAAUCAUGUUUUUUAGAUUA